UGUAACAAUAUCUUAUGAGCUAAUUAGUGCUCAGUCAAUCAUAGUUGUGGAACACAAGCAGCCACCAAGAUGCAGGAAGUCAUCAAACAGGUCCUGCGCUUGUUUCUACUUCUGGGAAAACAAAGUCAAAGUCAUGGCGGGAUUUUUGUUCUUCUUUGGACGGAAUCUGGAGCAGCAAACUGCACUGUGGCAGCUGCUGGUCCCAAGUGGAAAGGCGUGGGAAUGGAGGCACUCCAAAGUGUCCUCACAGAUUUGGAGUUUUUGUCUUCGGGACCUUUUGCUGAUCCUGACCCAGAAGAACUUUGUGCUUUCACUGAGCUGCACGGCUCCCUGAGACUACUGCUGUCCUUUCAGGUCAAAGAUGCAAGAUUCUUCACUCCUGACUGGCUCUCUGGAAUCCAAGCUUUCCUGCACACAUUUAGUCAGGCCAACGCACAGACCACAGUGCACCUGACAUGCAGAGUCCCUCAGCUGACCAUGCAGCAGCAAUUUAGAGCGACCUUUACAAGGAAAGUGAAAGUGGGAGAGCAGCUGUCGCUGACCUUGGACGUCACCUGCAGUUCACCUAUGAACAAGCAGGUGAAGGAGGUAUGGUGUCAUGGCGGCCACCCCGUCCUGGGCAGCAUGUUGCAGCUCAGCAUUCCUUCUGACGUCAUGGACCACGGCCUGUGUGGCCAGCUCAGCAUGCGUGUUGUGACUCUGCUCAGUCCUUGUCUGCUGCAGUACACCAACCUGCAGGCCACACUCACACAUCUUCAAGUGUUGGCGUACAGCCCGGCCAAUCUUCCCAUCACAUUGCCAGUAUCCUUCCUCCAGAACCUUCCGGCUGGUCUGGACUGCCAGGACGUGGGCCUCAGCAGCCCCUCCUACACAGGUCCCUCACAUCACGGCGGUGUGGUGUACACUGUGGAGCAGGAAUCAGGCCAGGAACCGCAGAAAAAGUUCCAUCCCGUGGAACAGAAACUGUCCAUCUUCCUCUUCCUGCAGCACAGCGACCCUUUUGCCUCAACGAUUUCUGACUUCAUGGUCACCGAGGUGUUGAUGGAGCGCCACCUGCACCACAUUGUGAGCAACAACAGCAGGGAGCUCACCGCAGUGCUGCAGGAAGAGCUGACCAACACUCUGAAGGCUCAACAUGGCAGAGAGCAGGACCAAGAGAAGAUGCUCACAGCCACUGAGGUCCUGCUCAGCUCCACCAUCAGCAUCGUCACCUGCAGCACCAACCAGGACUUCAGGAAGGACUGUAUGAGUCGCAUGCAGGUGUGUGACACUCAGCAGCUGUGGGCGUCUCUGCGUGAAGCCCUGCUGAGGGUGACAUCAUGGAGGUGUGUGCCGAGGAGCAGGUGCUACUCUGCUGCUCAGGUGGAAGAGCACCUGGAAAGUGAGGAGACCACCGGAAGAGACAUGUGAUCAUUAUUAGACAAUCAAUCUUCACUUCAACACAUAACACAUGGGAUGCAUUUCCAAGUCAUGGUUCAUAACUUACACUUUCAUUUUCAUUUCAUCACUCAAUAUUAAA